AGUGCGCAUGUGCAUCCGCCAUGAUAGCAAAUAUUUUUCUGAAAGGGAAGUUGUGUUAGUUGAAGUUGCAAAGCCUGACAAUUUCGCUUCUCCAAUGCUCACUUUUCAUACACCAGAGGAUGUUAAAGACAUUGAUUCAUUUAAAUAGGUGACCACAGCACACUAUGGCUACCACUGAUGUGGAUGUAAACAGUGUCCUUCUUCAGGAGCUGAGAAACAUGUACCCAGAAGUCCCCGAGCGAGUCGUCACUACUCACAUGAUCAAGCACAGGAAUGACAGAGCUAAAGUGAUCCAACUACUAGAUCAGGAGGGACCCCAGUAUCUUUUUGAAAAGCCAUUUUAUGAUCCCAUUCAGAGGAGAAUGGAAAACUUAACUAUUUCACAAACUGAAGGACGAACAAGAAGUGACUCUGGAUCGAGUGGAGUAAGCAGUACUAGUACAAACAGUGUGUCAAGUGUGUCCUCAGUGCCAUAUGGAGGAGGAAAUUCACGGCCGCCGCAAGAUGCAACUGAGUUUAGUCAGUAUAUGAGUCCGAGUGCCCGGAGCACCAAUAUACCAAACAUUAAUUGUGAUGUGUUUUCCCCAAGUUCCCCACAAGUGUCCACACCUAUGGCAUUAGGGAGGGUAGAUAAACCCCAUUCUAGACUUCAGCCAAUUCAAGUGCUACAUGUGCAGACAUCGCAGGGGCAGUCGUCCACUACGGGCAGUGAACACAACAGUCCCCCUCCGCGUGUGUUAAUACAGGUGAACCCGCGCACCAAUAAUCACAGUGCCCAGACUAAUCAAUAUCAACAUCAAUACCAACAUCAGUUGUCAUAUCCGAGUACAAAUACCACGCAACAUAAGUGGCGGUCACAGUCGUCGGUGCCUGGGAACAACUACAACACAUAUACCCCACAGGGUCAUAAUUACCUAAACACUGGAGGUGGCAUCAGUCCCGGGAUACACACAGUGGAUAGACAAACGUAUCGCAAGCCUCCAGUCAGUCCCCAGCCCCUCGAGAGUGCAAAGACUUCCCAAAGCCAUAUAUCAUUUCCCUCUCAAUAUGGAGGCCAUUCACAACCGAAACAAAGCCAGUGGAAUGUUGGAUCACCUAGUACUUCAAGUGGUUCUCAUAGUGGUCAGCAAAUGUCCAUGGCCAUGAUAUACCUUGGUGGGGCCAACAAGCCUGGAGGCCAUGGAGCCUUGUAUAACAGUGGUACCAGUGCUGGCGCGCAGUACAAUCAUUCAGGAUCCACACCUGGCAUGCAUGCCUCUCACAGUGAACCGUAUCUACAUGGUGGUUACAACCCUUCCCUUCACCAGCAACCACAGACCCCUCAGGGGGGCAGUAAUGCCACCAAACCCCUGUUUAUCAAGGUUGCCAGUAUGACAAACCAGGAGAGUGGAUCACCCUCACAGUAUAGAUACCCGUUAGAGUCACCGUCUAGUGUGGGAUCAAUAAACGCUCCCCAUGUGAACUCUCGAUACGGAAAUAUGGGUGGGGACAUUCCCAGUAGGGCAGGACCUCCAACUGGGGUUGGCCACCCGGGCUCCUAUGUUGGACAGUUAUAUUUAAAUGAAGUGGUAGGUACAACUGGCAAUGGUUCUUCUAGUCAGGGGGUUGAUGUGGGGCCAUUAUUUAUGAACUAUCCUCAAGUUCCUACUACCUGUCGGGUGCCUGGACAUCCACCCAUGUCAGGAAACACUUCACCCCCUCUCCUUCCCGCCAGAACAGGAAUUCCUCCUCCUCAAGUAGGAAAUCCCUCUUCCAUGUCCGAAAAUGUGAUAAAUAGAAAAAUUAUGGAUUCUGGGGAAUCGCAACACAUUUCACUUGCAACGUUCCAGCCUUUAGUGUCACCAGCAUCUAGUCAAAGUAGUCUGAGUUCUGAGUCCUCAUCUCAGCGGGAAAUCCAGAGGCCAAGGUCGGGUAGUGUGCAAGAGGAAGCUGAUUAUAUUUCAGCUUUACUUCUUUUCCAAAAGGAGAGAAUGAGUAAACUUAAGUUAGACCUGGAGUCAGAGCUGAGGAAAUUAGCAAAAAUUCGCAAUGAGGUGACACAAAUGGAAAAAAAUAUGUUGGAUCGAACGAGAACAAGAAACCUGAACUUCUCUCCACAUUUGGAGGAUGUAGCUAGACUACGAGGCCACAAUAUGAAGUUACAGGCAGAGAUCCAAGUGAUGACACGGGAGGUGGACAUGUAUAACAAUGGACAAACUCCUUUGGGUGUGUUAGAUCCACUGGAACAACAGAAUUUUUUCCAGAACAUGAACCCCGGUCAGAGAGGUUCUAUUUAUUCCCGACCUCCAGCACCAACACCGACAAGUGAAACGCCCCCGCCUAUACCCCCAAGGAUCCACCAUGUGCCUCCCCCUCCCCCUCCUCAGCCUCUCACAACAUCUGGCGACUUAGAUGGCGAUGGCGAACAGUGGAACUGCUCAGCCUGUACUUUUCUCAAUCAUCCUGCCCUCAACAAGUGUGAAUGCUGUGAGAUGCCACGGAUGAAUGCCACACCGCCCACCACAGAUCUAUUUGAUGAAUAUCAUGAUGACAGCCGACACAAUGAGUUAAACGAUGCAGGCAAUGAUUUUGAACUUGUUUAAUUUGAUUGGUUAAGAUUUCAAAGUGUUAAAGGACCCACACAUCCUCACUUGCAUGGAACUUGACCAUUGACCCCCACCAGUGCUGUUUCCAGGCCACAAGCCAUAUACUAUUUCAAAGUUUAAGAAAAAAAAAUCAAAUAAGGUCUUUGAAAAUCAGGCAAAAUUAGAGAUGAGAAAAUUAUACUGAUGCAUGUGAAACAUGUUUUAUUGGACAAGUGAUGUCAGUAAUUUCUACAUUUGUUUCAACAAAGAUAUAAAUUACUGGUGUAACAUCCUCCACACUCUGGAUUAUCAACAAAAGUAAUGGUCUGAAUUUAGGGCAGGAUGGCUUCAAGUCUACACAGAAUGGAGUAGAAAGUUCUGGUGGGGUUAAAUUCCAGUAACUCUUAAAGAGAAAAAGGACAAGUGUAAUAUUUUGUGGGAAAUCCUAACUACAUCUGGAACCAUUGUUUGUGUCAUUGUUGACAAAUGUUGCUGUAUAAUUAUGUAGAGCUAUCAUCCAAGACUUGUGGAAGUCAAAUGUACCUAUCUGUGCAUUGUCAGCAUCACUUUUGAAAUUCUUGUGUUUAACACUGUAUGGAUUUGUAAAUUAAGCCAGUAUAUUUUUUUUUGGAAUCAAAAAAUUUGGUUUAUCACCAACAUAAUGCAUCAUUGUGUUGUUCAAUUUUCAAAUCCAGUUCCAUUAAGUAAAAUCUACAGCAGAUAAUUCAGAUAAAUUUUACAGAUUUUUUUUCUUUUGAAAAGCAAUUACCGGGUAUCAUUGUCACAUGAACAAGUUUCUGAGUUUUCAAGGUCAAAUUGUAGUUAAAACAUGUUUUCCUUGAUCAAUAUGUUUGUCUUUUAAAAGAUCAAGCUUGUAAUCUUUAAUGGUGUUGAUGAGAACAUGGUCACGUUGAACAUGAACAUUAUAUUUCAGCAAUUUUAACAAAGAUAUCCUUAGAUAAUGAGGAAAUCAACAUUUUGAAAGACAGUUCAAAAAUAUACUUUAUUGGUCUUAUUUUGUCGAAAGAUUAAUUUCACUUUACAAAUACAAGAAAAGAAUUUAAAUAGCAAAAAUUCAGUGUUGACAUUAACUAAUUAUAGUAUGUGUGUCUUAAAUACAAUUUCUUAUGCAAGUUCAUUGUUUUCGCAGUUAAAUAGUUUUGUGAAAAGUUUAUUUAGGUAAGAUGCAUUUUUGAAAUCUUGUUUUUUAUUGAUUUCAAAGAGUCUAGAGGGCCAGAUGUUUUUAUACUGGCAUUGAAUUGCAUUUGAUACAGAAAGAUAUUCAAAUUUCAUUGUCCUCAAUUCAUCCUUCAAAGUUCAUUGACAAGGCACUGAACAUAAUGGGUCGAUUGUCAAAACUUGGUGUAAAAUGUUCAUCAUACAUCAAGUUUAUCAACAUAUUUCAUCGGCUGUUAAUGAAUUGACAUCGCAGAAAUGUUCAUUUUACUGUUUAUUAGUAGCACUGAGAUGAUUUAACAAUACAUACAUUAAAUAUAGAUCUAUACUGAUAUAUACAGUUUUUAAUGCCAGGUUUAUUGUGUAAAUUCUAAUCAAGUCAGAUUAACUACUUUUUUUAUCUGGUAUGGAGACAUAUUGAUUUGCAUCAAUUGUUGCUAGCUAAUUUGUAUACAACUCAUAUAAAAACCAUCCAUAAUAAUGAGAUACCACCAUCACUCUGGAGACUCCUCUCAGAUCUAAUAAAUUCAUCCAUUGAUUUGUCAGAAUAAGUGUCUGAACACACUGUUAUAAGUUGUUUGGGUAUGAGGUCAUUUUAGGUAGAGUUUCUGUUCCAAUUGUUGGUUGCUUGAAUUAAAUUGAAUUCAACAGUGAAAAUAAGAUUUGGAUAAUUUAGUAUAUUACAAUAAUCAUCUCGCAGGUAGACAACCGUAAUAUAAUACGUUUACUAUAAUAUACUACAUUUCACAGACAUCCAUCAACAAUAUAAUACUAUACUACAUUUCACAGACAGACAUCAACAAUAUAAUACUGUACUACAUUUCACAGACAUCCACAAUAUGAUACUAUACUCCAUUUCACAGACAGACAUCCACAAUAUAAUACUAUACUCCAUUUCACAGACAGACAUCCACAAUAUAAUACAAUACUACAUUUCACAGGCAGACAUCCACAAUAUAAUACUGUACUACAUUUCACUGGCAGACAUCAACAAUAUAAUACUGUACUACAUUUCACAGGCAGACUUCCACAAUAUAAUAAUAUACUACAUUUCACAGACAGACAUCCACAAUAUAAUAAUAUACUACAUUUCACAGACAUCCACAAUAUAAUACUAUACUACAUUUCACAGACAGACAUCCACAAUAUAAUACAAUACUACAUUUCACAGACAUCCACAAUAUAAUACAAUACUACAUUUCACAGACAUCCACAAUAUAAUACAAUACUACAUUUAACAGACAGACAUCCACAAUAUAAUACUAUACUACAUUUCACAGACAUCCACAAUAUAAUACAAUACUACAUUUCACAGACAGACAUCCACAAUAUACUACUAUACUACAUUUCACAGACAUCCACAAUAUAAUACAAUACUACAUUUCACAGACAGACAUCCACAAUAUAAUACAAUACUACAUUUCACAGACAGACAUCCACAAUAUAAUACUAUACUACAUUUCACAGACAGACAUCCACAAUAUUAUACUAUACUACAUUUCACAGACAGACAUCCACAAUAUUAUACUAUACUACAUUUCACAGACAGACAUCCACAAUAUUAUACUAUACUACAUUUCACAGACAUCCACAAUAUGAUACUAUACUCCAUUUCACAGACAGACAUCCACAAUAUAAUACUAUACUCCAUUUCACAGACAUCCACAAUAUAAUACAAUACUACAUUUCACAGACAGACAUCCACAAUAUAAUACUAUACUCCAUUUCACAGACAUCCACAAUAUAAUACAAUACUACAUUUCACAGACAGACAUCAACAAUAUAAUACUAUACUACAUUUCACUGGCAGACAGCCGUGAUGUAAUACUACAAAACAGUAAUAAAUGUAACAUAAUUUUGUGCCAAAUAUUAAGUGUUCCAUGAUCGGAGACAUGACAAGUAUAGACUCACAUUCUUUAAAGAAUAAUUUCAUACAACAUGACAAUUUGUAUACUGUUAUUUAACCUGCAAAGUGUGUUGUGCAAGACUCAAAUGCUGUACAAGAUCAUUUGUAUGUUCAUUUUGUUGUUGCCCAACACCUGUAGUUACCCAGGUAACUAUGAUAUAGAAUGUAGUAUCUUGACUUAAACAGUAAACAAUAUAUUACUUUUUAUAUAAUGGAUAGUGUACAACAUAGCAUACAGCUGUACAACUCAAAACCACUUGCACUUGUACAACAUUGUAUAUGUACAUGUAUGUAGUUGUACAAUACAAUAUGGUACUAUUCACUGUUGUGUUGUAUAACAUUUUAAAGUUGUACAACACAAACAAUAUGGUACUAUGUUGUACAACCUUAUGUAAUGGUGUACAACACAAACACUAUGGUACUCUGUUGUACAACCAUGUAUAAAGUUGUACAACACAAACACUGGUACUCUGUUGUACAACCAUGUAUGAAGUUGUACAACACAAACACUAUGGUACUCUGCUGUACAACCUUGUAUAAAGUUGUACAACACAAACACUAUGGUACUAUGUUGUACAACACAAACAACAUAUAGUUUUGUACUACCAUACAAUAGUGUACUAGAAAAGCAACUACUGUUUUGAACAUUAUAUUUUAUACAAAAUUGUAUAGAUAAUCACAUAAUAAUUAUAAGGAGGAGUUGUACAACAACAACACUGUUGUACUAGUCACAACAUACCAAAGGUACUACAGAUGAGUUUGAUAACUUCUGUAUACACAUGACACCAGUUACACAAGAUUUAGAACCAUGCUAUCCUACUGGCCACAUCAAGCUGGCCCGAUGAUAGGAGACAGCCCUCUAGGACCAGCUCGAAUUGUCUGUUACCCAUUGUUUUUCUCUUUGUUAUUCUUUAGUUUGAUUUUACCAGAGAUUUUUGUUUUCUUGUUUACUUCGGUUGUCUCCAUGCUACACAAGUUACAGUUUUAAUGUCUAUGUUUUAUCGUUUUAAUUGUUUGAGUUUUUUUAUCAGAAUUUUGUUUCCUCUAAACACAGAUGGUAUGUUUUAUCAUUUAAUUGAUGUUAAUUUCAUUUACUACGACAUUGUCAUAUUUUAUUUGGAUUGGCUCACCAUUUUAUCCUGAUCAGUUGAAUUGGUUCUAUAUCUCAUUCAGAACUGGUCCGGAAAUAUUUCUGACAUAUGAAUCAGCUUCUUAGAUACAUCAUCAAUAUUUUAAAACCAAGUAUUUCUAUAAAAAAAUAUUUAACCAGAAAACAAAAUGAAUCUGCUUUCAGACAAUGCAUUAAACCAAGGAAUGAAUCGGGGCCUUUUGUGAUAGUGUUCCUAUAUUGUAUGAAAGAGAGAAAUUGAUUAAACUAGUUAACUGAAUAUUAGAAUCGAGUUGUCUGUAUAAUUUCUUAAUCAUUUGGUAGGUUACAGGUAUGAAAUAAGUUGCAAAAAAUGCUGAAAUAUUGUGCCUAUUUCCAUAAGCAAAUUUUUCUUUUCCUAUGGUAUGCUUUCUUGGUGCAACAGUAGAAAUGGUCUGGUCUUGCCAAAUGAGAGUCUUAAAAAUGUGCUUAGAAGUUAAACUUUGGACUACAGCAUAUUUUAGAGAAUUUUAAGAAAGUCUAUAUAGAAAGUCUAUCAAUAUUUUUCAUGAGAAGUUACCCUGUGUAGAUUAUAUAAUAUAUAUGUAUGCCCUGGUGGCAUAAGUAGCAGAAAUGUACUGUAUUUGACGUCCAGUUAUUGAAGGGUACGGUGUUUGUGAUGACGAAGAGUUUUUUUUAUUACUAACGAAUGAUCUCUUUUACUGUACAGAAGGUGAUUUGUGUUAUGAAUACUCACAUAGAUGAAAUGCUAGAUUACAAUGUUUGUGCAAUGUAGAGUGCUAGUUCAGUCUAGUGGUUGAAUAUUAGUGUCUUGGUAUUCAUUGACUCCUCAUUCCACUGAGCUGAAAAUGAGAUCAUUCUAGAUGUAUGCUAGAGAUUGAAUGUUAGUGUAUUUAAGAAUGGUCAUUAAAGUGAGGAUUGUCAAUACACAUCUCUGUUUGUUGAACUGAAUGUUCUUGUAAAAAAAAAAAUUUAAAGAGAGAGAUUGGGAAAAGACUAUUUGAAGGUAGGCUCAAAAUGAUCAGCUUAUAAAAUCAUGAUAUUAAUUUUGAGUUUUAAUUUCUUCUGUAUUUAUUAAUGAAUUUCUGGUAAUAUAAAUGGCACCAUAUUCUAGUCAUAAAAAGAUGAUGUGAAUAAUAUGGGUGGCCAUAUACUUGUGGCUUAAAAGUUACAUCAUUGAAAAAAAAAUCUUUUUACAAUAUCAUUUACAAAUAUGAAACAGCUAUGUAGAUAUAGCAAUCUGGGUUUAGUUUUUUUUGUUUUUUGAAUUUGAACUUGUACAUUGUACAUGUUAACAAUAUAUGAGAAUUAGUGUGGAAUUUCAGUUGUGUUUGGAUAAUGAAUACAUGUAUUUUGAUUUAGAUUAUUUAUCUAAAAAGAAUGAAAAUUGCUUGUGUUUUUGAGUUUGCAUAUAUUUCACUCUUAAUUGUGACAUUGUUAAUAUACAUAAAUCAUUUGUGGAAAGAAAAACAAAAAGAUUUUUUAGCCAUUUCUUACAGCUUUCCAAUGUACCAAUAACUGCUGAAAAUACUGUUCUUAAAUUUCAAGUAAGAAAGAGUUAGUAAGAAAAUCAGCAUGAGUGUGAAAAUUGCAAAUCAAUCUAUCAAUGUCAUUAAAAGAGUAAACUAUAUGUGAUAUAUAUAUAUAUAUAUUUAUGAAUGAGGUGAUCUCAUUAACCUAGAGGCGUCCAAUAUGGCCGUAUGUCCUCAGUUCUUAAAGAUAGGUUCCUUCAUAUUUUCACAAUUUUUUUUAUCCCUGUGAAAAUAUUUAUGCUAAGUAGUAAUUUUUAUUUUUUCUGGAUUGCUAUAAUCUUCACAGGAAUAUUGAAUUCCUAAAGUAACUUGCAGUAUAAGCAUUAAAAUGAAAAAAAAACCUUUUUGUCAGAUUUAAUUCCUGCCCACAAAAAGUAUGCCUUCUUGAUGUUUUAAAGCUGACUAGAUCUAAAUGAUCAUGUGACAUUCCGUGAUGAAUAUUAAUGAGGUGAACAUGGCAGUAAACGUGUGAAGAUACUCUGAAAUAAGUUGAUGAAAAUAUUAACUCUGAAAUGAUUAAUGAUAAAUAUUGUGCCAUCUUGGAAUAAAAAAAUCUGAAGAUAUGCUGGAACCAUCAUUAACUGUGUCAUUCAUAGUUCAAUAUCCAUUUUUAGUAACAAAUAAUAUCUUCAUGACAACUGCCCAAGACAUUACAAACAGAUCAUGCAUUAAAUUAUUCCUUCUACUGGUAUACUUUCACCAGGUAUCACAGAAUACAUCUGUCUGAUAUAUCAAUAUACACGGAUUAGUUAUUUAUAGGCUACAGUGAAGGUAAAUCAUGUACAUGUGUUUUGGUCAAUAUCUUUCUCUUAGGAAAGUCCUAUUGUUUCUGAAUAUUUAUUGUUAUUUGUUGAAAAAUUCAAUACGAUUAAAGAAAAAAUGGAAUCCAUAUGGAUAAUUGCAUACAAUUUAAAAUUGUACUUUUAAGGUGUGGGCAAUAUUACAUUAAUUGCAAGUAACAAAGAAUUAUGGUAUAUGAAUAUUUGAGUUUGAGAGUAAUAGAGUAUGCUAUAGUGUUGACACAGUGUACAAGUUUUUACUGAUAAUGAAUCCCAGAGUGUGAGUUCAUCGGAAGUAUUGUGUGAUACCAUUGAGCAUAUGCAGAAACUGUGUUAUAACUAUUAACAAGUAUUUAAUUUAAUUAAGGCGCAAAUUUUAUACGUAGAUAUCAAUAUAUUAGCUACAACCAUAUGUGUAGGUCGAGUGCACCAAAUCCUGUUUUGUUCUGGGAAGGCCCAGUUGCUCGGACAUGGACAAGGAUGUUUCUUGUGUGUUUGUAUGGUUUUAAUUUGGUGCUUUUAUGUAUUUGCGCAUAUAUGUACAUGUAUUAUCUGUAAAGAUACAACUGUACAAGCAUGUAUGCUUUUAUUGCAUAUUGUAUAUAGAAAAAUUAAAACCUGCUUGUAAAACAAACAUGCACAUUUAUGUGCAUAAUAAUUCACUCAGUGUAAAGUAAUAAGAAUAAUAAUUAAAGAAGAAAUAAAAUUUGUUAUUAUUUUAA